AUGUUACGCCAAGUGACACGGCAGUUGUUACCAGCCCCCUCACUGCCUCAGUCCUGGUCUCUCAACCACUUGAUAUUUUUUCACCAUUCCGUAAGCCUCAGUAACUGCAAAGACGGUAAAACUUCGAAAACUCCAAUCGAACUGAAUGAUGAUGAACUUGAAGAAAAUUUUAUCCAUGGUUGGGGCCCCGGUGGCCAGGCCAUUAAUAAAACCGCCAAUUGUGUUCGAUUAAAGCAUAUUCCCACCGGCAUCACUAUCAAAUGUCAGGAUGGCAGAAACCUACAAGUCAACCGUCUCAUUGCCAGAAGACGUCUAAUUGAGCAGUUGGAUAUCCACUUUAAUAGAGAAGAAAGUGAGAGAGCUCAGCGAAAGAGAGAUGCCCAAAUAAAAGAGAAUCAUCGCUUUUCGCGGGCUAAACGACGACUAGAAAUGAAGGCGGCUUUCAAGAUGAAACUAUUGGAAGAGGAGGCCAAGUCACAGUAG